AUCAUAACUAGAGAGUGGUUCGAGAGGGAUUAUGAAUUUCUAAAUGGAAAUCGUGAAUUUCAGAUUGAUUGUGUACUGGAAUCGGAUGGUGUUAUGAUUUUCGACAGGGAGUCUUCAAAACAUUUAACAGGUUAUGUGUACCAUGGCACAGCCAUUUCUAGCGCAAAAGCAACAUUCUUUUGUAUCAGACAAAGCUCCUACAUUUCAGGCAUGGAAACAUGAGUUCCUACACUUCAAACCACCUGCGAUUACUGUCUCUGACAAAACAGUUAACCUCCCACGUGAACCAAGGCCGCCAUGCGGACGCCCUCUCUCUUUUCCACCGCAUGCAAGCCUCGCCAUCUCUCACUCUCGACCCUUACGUCUUCCCCCUCGUUCUCAAAUCAUGCGCCGCCAUCAGCCGUCCCCGACUGGGGUCGUCGAUUCACGCCCACGCCACCAAGUCGUCUCUCCUCUUCAACCCAUUCGUCGCUUGCGCUCUCGUCGACAUGUACGGGAAAUGCUUCUCCAUCACUUCAGCCCGCAAAUUGUUCGAUGAAAUCCCUCAACGCACCGUCGUUGUUUGGAAUUCCAUGAUUUCUCUGUGCACGCGCUGCGGGCGCGUCGAUGAAGCGUUGCAUCUGUUUCAAUCUAUGGAUGUCGGCCCAAACGAGUCCACGUUUAAUCCCAUCAUAGCGGGCUUGUCUGAAUUGGAAGAUGGGUCUUUCAUGGCUAUCGAGUUUUACAGAAGAAUUCAGAGAGUGGGUUUGAGGCCCAAUUUGAUCACGCUUCUGGCUCUGUUACCUUCUUGCGUUGGCGUGGCGGCAUUGAGUUUGAUCAAAGAAAUUCACAGCUACGCGCUUAGGAGUAACAUAGAACCGCACCCGCAGCUGAGAAGUGGUUUGGUGGAAGCUUACGGGCGAUGUGGGUGUCUGGUUUACGCGCGAAAUGUAUUCCAAUGUAUGGAAGAAAGAGAUGUAGUUGCUUGGAGUAGUUUGAUAUCAGCUCACGCUUUACAUGGUGAGGCAAAGGCUGCAUUGGAGGUAUUUCAGCAAAUGGAGUUGGCAAAAGUUUGGCCUGAUGAUAUUACUUUUCUUGGGGUAUUAAAAGCUUGUAGCCAUGCCGGACUAGCAGAUGAAGCAUUGGGCUAUUUUGAUAGAAUGCAUAAAGAUUAUAAACUAGAAGCGAGUGCUGAUCAUUAUUCGUGUUUGGUCGAUGCGUUGAGCAGAGCAGGGAGGUUGUACGAGGCUUAUAGAGUUAUAAAAGAAAUGCCUGUUAAGCCAACUGCAAAGACUUGGGGAGCUUUGCUUGGUGCUUGUAGAACUUAUGGAGAGGUGGAGUUGGCUGAGAUUGCUGGGAGAGCUUUGUUUGAGAUGGAGCCGUCUAAUGCUGCCAAUUAUGUGUUGUUGGCUAGGAUUUAUGCUAGUGUGGGGAGAUAUGAGGAAGCUCAGAGAAUGAGAAUGGAGAUGAAGGAGAGGGGAGUGAAGGUAGCACCUGGUAGCAGUUGGGUUGUGAAUCAAGACUAAAGGAAUGAGCUUUGGAAACAGUUUCAAGGGAAGGACACUAGCUACACAGGAAGCUGCCUGUCUCCCUUUGCUGUUUAUAUCGAACACAUUCUUUAAUGCUAACAGUAAGUAAAAGCCGACAUUAGUUUGAGUGCUGUAUUUGUCUAGUUAAGCUUUUAAAUUUUCUUUUUUACCGAAAAGGAUUAAGUUCCUGCCUUGUUAAGGCAUUGCUUGUGAAAGUACCCAAAGCUUAAAUUUCAAAAAGUUUCACAGGCAAAGAGACUUGAG